CGUUAAGGACCCGGAUCAUUUUGCCAAGCAGAUCCGUUUUCGCUUCCAUUUUCAGCUCUCUAGGUUCUAGCUCAGAGGUACAGAGACAAAGAAGAAGAGUCACUCACACAAAUACACAGGCACGCAUUUAAGAGAGAUGGCAGUGAUGGAGAAGCUGAGGAUGUUCGUAGCGCAAGAGCCUGUGGUCGCAGCUUCUUGCCUCAUCGCUGGCUUUGGUCUCUUCCUUCCAGCUGUGGUAAGGCCAAUUCUAGACUCCUUUGAAGCUUCUAAGCAAGUCCCUCAGCCUGCUUUAAGCGAUGUUGUUGCAGGUAUGACAGGUAAAAAGUAGAGGUGAUAUGAUUCAUUGAUACAGGCGACACAAUUCGAACAAUCCCCCUCCUCUUUUCUCUUAUUUCCAUUUUCAUCAGCAAUGAAAUAAGCCUGACAAUCUUUUAUGGAGAACUAAGUGAUACUGCAUAUUGAAUAUUAUCCUUUUUUGUUGUAAGCUUAUGAAUCGUUUCGUUGUUGUGUUAACUUUAAGUAGCUGAGCUUCAUUUGAAGCCUGAUUAAUGCAUUCCUUAUGUUGCCAAAA